GGGACAGAGUGACGUCAGAGGACGAUUUCUGAAGUUUGACUCCAGUUUUCUCUACUGCAGAAGUCAAAGGAUCGAAGAAGCACAUAUGGUUUCAUAACAGUGAUGCUGUCUGUCCAGCAGUGUUAUCAUCAUGAUGAUGAUGAUGAUGAUGAAGAGCGACCUCUCUGGACCCUUCCUCCUCCUCCUCCUCCUCUGCACUCCUGCGGUGUCUGGAUUCGGAUCAGUGCUCAGGAAACAGUAUGAAUAUUACAGACAUCCUCAUUCCUCCUGGGGCGACGCUCAAAGCUUCUGCAGAGGAGGAUACAACCGUGACUUGGCCGUCAUAUAUUCACCGACGGAUUCAGACGAUCUGGACAUAAAGAAUUAUCACGCGUGGAUCGGCCUGUUCAGAGAAAGGAACAACUAUUCUACUUGGGGUAACUGGAUUUGGUCGAACGGAGAUGGAACCAACUUCAAUGCCUGGGCACAUUGGGAACCUUCCUGGACAGAUGGUUGUGUCCAUGUGGAUUCCCACGUGAUCUCCAGGGUUUACGGAAGCGAUUGUGGCCACUAUUUUUUCUUCAUCUGUCACAAGGGCUACCAUGGCCAUUACCAUUACACGUUCAUACCUCAGUCCAAGACGUGGUCGGAGGCCCAGACGUACUGCAGGGAUGUUUUCGACGACCUGUCAACUUUCAAAAAGGGCUCCGACCUGAAGAAGGCUGUUCUUCCACAGGACUUCCCCGUCUGGACGGGACUGCACAGAGACGGGGGAGCAUGGGUGUGGAGCAGAGGCUUGUCAGAGUACAGAAAUUGGUCUGAAGCUGAGCCGAGCGACGACAACGGCGACUGUGUCUCCAUCUCCUCUCUGGGUAAACAGAUGUCCGCCCGAAACUGCGCCACCCGCUUCCCCUUCCUGUGCUACUGGGACAACCUGGUCCUGGUGAAGGAGAACAAGACGUGGGAGGAGGCGCUGGAACACUGCAGAGCGCUCAGGGGGGGAAACCAGAACCACGAGCUGUUGAGCGUGCAGCCUGGAGAGGAGCACAGCUACGUGAUGAGGAGGGUCAUGGAGGCCAACAGCGACGAGGUGUGGACAGGCCUUCGAUUCCUGGCCGGUGAUUGGUUGUGGGUGAACGGGGCAGAGUUGUUGUACUCUGGCCUGCCCGUCUGCCCCCUGGAGCAGCAGCACUGCGGAACCUUAUCCAAGAAUGACACGGGCAACGUCAGGAUCCGAGACUGUUCAGAGACAAGGAACUUCCUCUGUUACUUUUAAAGACCAUCAACACUUCCCACAAUGUUCUGCUUCUGCCGUCUCUGUUCACAUGACACAGUUUGAGUGUUUGGUCUUUAGAUGCUAGAUGUUAUACGACAUUUAAGACUUUGAUAAAACUUAACGAGUGAUUCUGUCAUAGAUCAUGUUCUGCUCAUUAAAACCAACACGUCAGCUGCGAUUAAAACUGUUUGUGCAUCGUUACUUUAGAAAAACCCUUAAAAAAAUAAAUCUUACAGCC